AUGCGGCAUUCAAGACCUCGCGGCGUCGCCUUUACCCCGGCGAUGCCGCACUUAGAGAGCUUUCUUAGCCGUCACGCUCUUCCGGAUCAUCCGCUUCGUCAUCAUCCGAUGUGGCUAAGCGAGCACGACCUCUUUCAUUUUCCAAAUUUGAAGUUUGACCCCAGCAGUGUACGACGCAGCGGCGAGGCGGGUGACACACAGAAUGCGCCCAUGCUGCUUGCACAAGUACCGAGAUGUAAGUUCCUAUUUAACAUGGAUCAACUUCUGCCGGAGAGUGAGGUACACUGGAAGCUGCCUGUUGCCACCGCACCAGCAUCCGUAUCGACCAUGCGGGUGUAUGAGACACAAACACAAAAAGAGUUAGAGCGCUAUCGGGGAAUAGCUGGCUUUGAGUCGAACUGGUGGGGCACGCACCAGCAGUGGCGGGACAAAGGAGGUCUGCUUCGCCCCAAUGCGUAUCCAGCGGCGGUGCUUUGUUACAAUAUGACACGACUUUUGCACAUCUCUAUGCUUUCGGGGGCAGAGGAUUUGCUGAAGCACUCGUUUGUGUCAGGGAAGACCGGGUGCCUGCACCACUUUCGUGACGCAAAUGAGUGGUUCCCGUCAGCCAGCAAGUUUUUUGGCCUAGUCUCGGCACACUACGGGAAACAUGGCUUUCAGUCCCCAUUGUAUUUUUCGAGAGCUGUGCUGCAGGCAGCUGGGAUAGCCGUUCGGCCUGACGCGGAUCCGCUCGACAUGUCGUCUCUUGAUGAGUACAAACUCGGCACGCCCGGGACCGCGGCAGCUGCCAUAAGCGACGCCAAGGCGUACACACAAUACUAUCACAUCUCGCAGGUGGUAUUGCCAGAUAGUUAUAGAAUCCCGGCAAACGUGCUCGAGGCGGAGCGGGUGAACCCUGGUCAGCCUAUUCACGGCACGACAGGGGAGGUGUUGAGCUUCCCAGAGCUGCAGUACGAGGCGAUACUAAACUCCCCGUCUCCGGAGCUGGCCUCCAUCAUCUCCCGCGACCAAGAGACAGAGCUGGUGUGGUCCUCCCAGUUGGAGUCCCCACACACCAUUCACGGGCGAAGUUUAUGGUACUUGCCCCACGACGUGCUUGAGGCGGGGGGGCUGGUAGACGUCAACGCCGCACCUGUGGAAGUGCGCGUCGCUGCGCGGCUCACGCACACGGCGCGGCAUCUCUACAACGUGGAGCAGCUCCUGCUACCCGUGGAGGGCUACAGGGCCGUGGGCCGCAUCGCCUGCAUGAGGCAGCCCACGGGGCGGCAACCGCCAUCCUUCUCCGCGGACGGGAGAGCUGACGCCGUCACAGGCGGCGGCUAUCCGACGUUCUCCUUCUGA